GUAGUAUCGGUCAGCCCACUUACAACUUGGAGAAGCGUGUAACUAUCGGUUUUGAUUGAGCAGACAUGGCAGCAGCUGAGGUUAUCUCAAAUCAGAAUGUGGUGGAGAGGGUGACCAGCCUUCCUCUGGUGAGCUCCACCUAUGGCCUGGUGUCCAGCGUGUACUCCAACACCAAGGACACCCACCCUUACAUCAGGACGGUGUGCGAGGUCGCAGAACAAGGAGUCAGGAGCAUCAGCUCCGUGGUCUUCACCACUGCUUCACCAUUCAUUGACAAGCUGGAACCUCAGAUUGCCAUUGCCAACGACCUGGCCUGCAAAGGUUUGGACAAGAUUGAGAAAACCUUGCCCAUUCUGCACCAGCCAUCUGAGCAGAUUGUUUCUAGCGCCAAGGAUGUGGUAACCACCGCUAAAGAUGCUGUGACAGGCACAGUGUCCGGCGCCAAGGACACGGUCUCAGACACUCUGACCAGCGCCGUGGAGAAGACUCGGGGUGCGGUGCAGGACAGGGUGGAGAAGACCAGGGCUGUUGUCAGUGGGAGUGUCAGCACAGUGCUGGAGAGCAGAGUGGCCCAGCUAGUCAGCAGCGGCGUGGACACGGCCCUCAGCACCUCUGAGAGUCUGGUGGAGCAGUACCUGCCUCUGACGGAGGACGAGCUGGAGCUGGAGGCAAAAACUGUGAGAGGCUUUGACAAGAGGGAGCCGAGCUACUAUGUCCGCCUGGGUUCCCUCUCCACCAAGCUGCGAAAGCGGGCGUACACCAGGGCCGUGGCCAGAAUCCAAGAUGCCAAGCAGCGAAGCAGGGAAUUCAUCUCUGAGCUGAACUCGACUGUUGACCUGAUUGAAUAUGGCAGAAAGAACAUUGACGGGGCUAACCAGAUGGUAAAUGACAAGCUGAGCUCCCUGGUGGUGUGGAAGUCCAGUGGCUCAGACCAGGAGGGUGGUCACGAGGCAGAGGCCAUUGAGUCUCGCACCCUGGCCCUGGCUCGUUCCCUCACCCAGCAGCUCCAGACCACCUGCCUGGUCCUCGUCUCCGGCCUGCAGGGCCUCCCCAACCACAUCCAGCAGGAGGCGCUCUCCGUCAGCCGCUCUGCCACACAAAUCUACACCAGCUUUAGCAAGGCUAACAGGCUGGGGGACCUGUCAGACAGUGUGCUGACCAGCAGCAAAGUCCACCUGGGCAGAAUGAAGGAUUCCCUCGACAACGUCAUGGACUAUCUGGUCAACAACACGCCGCUCAACUGGCUGGUCGGUCCCUUCUACUCCCCGACAGCCCCAAAGCAGACUCGCGCAUCGCCUUUUACUGCCGGCAGCGGAGGAGCUACGUCCUCCAGCUCUCCCUCCGCCCAGCCACAUCAAGAGGAGUCCAUGGAAUUGGAGAUGAAGUCACUACAUUCAGAGCAGCACUAGAGAUCAAGUACAGCUUUAUGUUCUGACAUUUAAAUACUUUCUGCUUUGCAGGCAAAUAUUUGAUUUUUUAACAAUACUGAACACAUUAGGAUGUUAAACUCUUAUAUUUUAUAUCUUAUUUCAGACAUGUUUUAUAAAUCUUUGAUUCUUGCUGUAAUCACAUCACCUAAAAUGUGAUAUCUGACAAUUCUGUGCCCAAUUUUAUAAGAGAGACAUGCUGGCAAAACUUAGUCCUGUGCUUAUUUCUGCAUAAACUUCACUGGAAUCAGA